AUGAGCAACCACGGCCACCACGCGCAGCAUCUUUACACCCAGCAUCCACCCAAGAUUCAUCCGACCAGCCUACGCACCAGAGAGUGUGCCGCCUUUUUCGAGCAGGUGCCCACGGGCCUCUGGUCUCCCUCGUAUCCCCAGCACACGCACACGCACACGCACACGCACUCGCACUCACACUCGGCCAACACGCCCCCAUAUCUACUACUGCACCCCUUUUUGCAGCUGGCGCGCAUCGACGAACUGCAUCAGUCUGCCGCCCACACGCCCUUUCCCGCCGUAAUAGUGUCUCCUCACUCCCUGAGUCCGCCACCCCUGCGGGACGCUGCCCGCGCCGCCCCCAAGAAGCCCCCGUCCAAGCCAGCCCCGACGCACAGAGAUACUGCAGAUGGGAAUAAGGAGCCAAAACGUAGCGUGCUCACCAGCGCGCCGACGAUGACAUCAAACGGCGUGCCAGACAUGUGCAGCAAACAGGACGAGCCGGGCGCCCAAGCACGCGUCCAGCAGCAGCAGCGCCCCUCGCUCGUCUCACAACACUCGAACUCCGUGCCCUCCACCCCAAUGCAGGUGCCACGCAAAUAUGAGACGCGCUCCCGAUCACCAUCCCCAAAUAGCGGCUUGGGCAGCCACUCGCCGCGCUCUGUCGCCUCCGAGGCAAACAGCGCCAUGCCCACUCUUCGGCCAGCGCGCCCCUUCAAGUGCAAGUUCGAGACAAACGUAGGCAUGCUGGGCCGGAGAAGAGUGCCCUAUCAGUCGGACGAGCUGCUGGAGCCGGCCAAGGAGGAGCCGAAGAAGACAUUGGACCCCCACGAGGAUGAUAAAUUAAGUGGCGACAUGCGUGAACUGUACGACCGGAUACAGCCGACCAAGCACGACGAGGAUAUUCGCGACAAGUUUGUGAAGAAGGUGGAACGCAUUCUAGAGCUUGAAUUUCCUGGUGCUGAGAUGAAGGUGCUCGUCUUUGGCUCUUCAGGAAACAUGCUCUGGACGGCCGAGAGUGAUGUCGACAUUUGCAUUCAGACGCCCAUGAAAAGGCUGGAAGAAGUGCAUCCGCUCGCCGAGGCACUGGACAAACAUGGCAUGGAACGAGUCGUGUGUAUACCAGCCGCCAAGGUCCGGAUAGUAAAAGUCUGGGACCCAGAGCUGCACAUUGCAUGUGACAUCAACGUGAACAACGUUGCCGCAAUCGAGAAUACGCGCAUGAUCAAGACGUACAUUCAGCUGGAUGAACGUGUACGCCCACUGGCCAUGAUUAUCAAGCAUUGGACAAAGCGGCGAAUCCUCAAUGACGCCGGCAUCGGUGGCACGAUCAGUUCGUAUACUUGGAUUUGCCUAAUCUUGAAUUUCCUUCAAACACAAGAUCCGCCGAUCUUGCCCGUUCUGCAUGAGCUCCCUCAUCGACAGAUAGACAAGAGCACUGGCCAGCCGUCACUUUCCAGCUUUGCAGAUGAUGUGGAGAAAUUGCGAGGAUUUGGCGCAAAGAACAAGCAGAGCCUGGGGAAUUUGCUCUUCCAUUUCUUCCGAGCCUAUGGCCACGAGGUAGAUUAUGAAAAAGAAGCCAUUUCCGUGCGGCAAGGCAAAAGAAUCAAGCGUGAAGAGAAGGGGUGGCACCCCGGUGGUGGCCAGAAAGAAGGUGUAAACCGUCUUUGCGUUGAGGAGCCAUUCAACACGGACCGAAAUCUGGGAAAUUCGGCAGACGGAUAUGCGUGGCGUGGAAUUCAUCUGGAGCUACGUCGAGCAUUCGAUCUCCUCGCUGAUGGUCAACAACUGGCCAAGGCCUGUGAACAAUUCGAGUAUCCGCCAGAAGAAAAGUCGACAUCGAUUUUUCAGAAGCCGCAGUCGCAAAAGGCAACGAUUACCUCCAGUGUCCCGAUUCGUAAUGGACGGGGAGGAUCGAAUCAACGAGGGGGUCGAGGUGGCCUCAGCCUCAAGAGUCAGCAAGGCAACAGCAGGAGAUCCUCGAAUAGCUCCAACUAUAGCCAAAAUCGGCCGUUUCUGCAUAGUCCACCUAUCAACGGGGCGCCUGGUUCAGAGUACUUUAGCAUCCCAAGGGGUCUCCCGGAGCAACUGCAUGACCAGCUGUACCAGCAGUACCAGAUGCUCGAGAUGCAGUCCAACUCCUUGCGUGCUCAGCUCGCCGCUCAACAACAUGCUCAGCAAGCCUACCAGGUACGGACUGCUCAGCAGCAUGCUCACGCAAUCGCGCACGCACAAGCCCAGAACCGAGCCCAACAUAAUACCAGUGGCUCGCCUCAAAAGUCGGCAUACAUGAAUGGCCACAGUCCUCGCCUGGCCGAGCUUGGCAUACCGCCAAAUGCCUUUCCUCCAGGCUUUCUGUACCAUUAUCCUGGUUUCUACAAUGCAUCACCGCCCGAUGCUGCUGGCUCCCAGGACGGAACACGGACGAAUCCCUCUUCUCCUUCACUGAGUAAUAGUGCCCCUGGCGUGCGAAGAGCAGGCCACCGAGUUUCUAAUGCUAGCGAAACUAGUAACCUUCGUUCCCACUCGCAGCCUCCGCGAGGCCUGCCCCAACAACCUGUCAUGGUAGGCUACCCACCUGUGCCCCAGAUUCCGGAUCCUACUGGCUUCCCUGGAUAUCCCAUCACUCGCUCAACUACACAUGAUCCACCAGGCACACAGCCCACGACAGAGGUACCAUACCUUCCCAUUCCACAGCCAAAACAGCAAGAGCCUGCUGCUGCUGUACCUGUAUCCGUAGAGACUAUACCGAAAGAACACGUGGGUUAUUACGUUGCAGAUUCGCCCGUACAACCCCGUCCGUUGCAGGAAUACGCUGUAUCACAGAUCCCAUCGUUCAGUGAAUUGGCACAACGCCGCCGGCGCGUCUCUUCAGAGAUCACACAGCCUCUUCUGAACACCGCACUGCGAAGAGUGUCAAGAUCGCCUUCCCCUCUCGGUGGACACCUGAGAAGCUAUUCCACCGGUGUCAAGCAGCCUAGUGUUCCUGCUGACGAGCAACGCAAGGCACGCAUUGAUUCGGCACGGCCACCUGUCGAUAGUGGUCCAGUCAUAGUGAAUGGCUCAUUUCCAACGCAGCCACGCCUACGGAGCGACACCGUUGAUGUCGUCCCACCUGAGAUGUCUAUUAUGUCUGGCCUUGGCAUGCACGUUGACAACAGCCAAGCCAUGCAUCAAAUCGGCCAGCUACAGGAGCAACAGCAAAUGGUGUACGAAGAAAUGCAACGACAGAAAUCGAUGGAGAAUAGAAGUCCACAGAUUGUGAACGGGUCAAUGAAGACAAGCCCGGCCAUGGAGUCCAACGGCUUGGCGCGAGUCCCUAGCGAGGGCCAGCAACCGUUUUCUACCUUUUCUGAAGGCUGGAUCAACUAUGAGGCAGGCAGCGGACGACGUGCCAAUCUCGAAGAGGAUAUAUCACCUACUCGUACAGUUGCUCCAGCGUGGCGAACCCCUGCUUUUGUAAAUGGUCUUCCCUCUUUAGAGACGUCGAAGACGCCACGGCCGGAACCCCAGGAGAUCAAAUCCGCCACUCUGCCGUUGCUGUCGCCAGUGUAUGAGACACGCACUCCUUCUCCUUCCGCUAGUCGGAUUUCCGACCUGAAUAAAUGGGUCAACGGGAGCAAGCCACAUGCAAAAGACAACGGUCAGCAGCACCGUCGAGCCUCGCAUGCCGCCCCAAAUCACGCCAAUGGCAAGGACAGCCGUAACGGUCAGCAGAAGAGCAGCCAGCAGAGCAAUGGGCACAAGCCAAACACUGGAAGUAAUACCUCCAAUGGAUGGCAACAGCAAGGCUCGGGCCGAACUAAGAAGGGCAAGAGCAAAAAGGCGAAGGCUGAGCAGAAGACGGCUGGAGAGCCUAUGCCUGCCAAUGCUUCUGAGCGUAAGGGAGGCUUGGUCUCCGAAAGGAACCAAGCCGAAGGGCUAAGACUAUGGACAUGGUGUAGGCCAGAAAACCCCAGUUUGAUUAAUCCGACGCCGAAGCAAUAUCAUGACCUCGAUCCGCCACCACUGCAGGUCCAUCGGCAGGGCAGGUCGUGCUCGACCGACUAG